GUGGGUACGGAAAAGAAAUGGCGGUCCAAAGUGGGGCUCCUCGCUCUCUUCUGCGAACGACUGUGCGGACUUUUUCCCACAGUCGAGCUGCAGCCGCUUCGGGGACCGCCGAGCAGUUGGCGGAGAAACUGCGGGCGCAGAAGAAGCUAAAACCGGCCGUGGAGAUUCCAAAAGACCGAGUACUGAGGCGAGUGCAAGAAUAUGUUCAGCAGACUCGAUGCUUCCAGCAGCUCCAUCCUAACGUCAUAGCCAAGGUACUCAAAAAGGGGAUCCUCUAUCAGAACAAAGAGAUUGUAGUAAUAAACAAGCCUUAUGGACUUCCAGUCCACGGUGGCCCUAAGGUGAAGACAUGCAUUACAGAUGUGCUGCCAGUACUGGCAAAGAUGUUGGAUGGCAUGAAAGCUGAACCUCUGCAUUUAUGUCAUCGGCUGGACAAAGAAACUACAGGAGUAAUGGUCUUGGCAAAGGAUGAGGUGAUUGCAAGCCAGGUCCAAAAGAUGUUCAGGACCCGUCAGGUGGAGAAGAAAUACUGGGCAAUUUGUGUUGGAAAACCAGAGCCGGAAGAGGGGCUGGUGGACAUUCCCAUUGUGGAGAAAGAAGUGGAGAGCCACCAGUCACAUUUCAAAUUGACACUUGCACCAAAUUAUCGUGUAUCGCAAGAAGACAGAAAGUUGCACAAAGUGCGCCGGAACAAAGAUGCUCAUGUGGCAGUGACCCGAUAUCGUGUGCUGAGUAACUGGUCUACUUGUUCCCUCCUUGAAUUGGAACCAGUCACAGGAGUGAAGCACCAGCUUAGAGUCCACGUGGCUUAUGGUUUAGGUUGCCCAGUCCUUGGGGAUCACAAGUAUUCUCACUGGAACAAACUAGCACCACAGAAGCUGUCUCUGGGUACACUGAAGAAACUUGGUUUGGAACAAGCCAAAGCCCGUUACCUCCCUCUCCAUCUGCAUGCCUGUGAGCUCACCUUGCCUGAAAUAAACGGCAACGGGGAGCAGAAAAUCCACUUGUUCUGCAAGCCGCCCAUCUUCUUCAAGCGCUCCUUAAAACGGCUAAAACUAGAAUUUCCUGAAUCAGAAAAAAAAUGAACUAAGAGUGAUUAGGUAUGCUACUUUGUUGAUGGAACUCCUUUUCCUGAAGCCAUGUGAGGGUCCCAUGAAAGGUAAAGCACCUGGAGCCUGAUGCUCCUAGGUGUGAAAUCACAACAUGUGCAUCUCUCAGAAGCUUGCAGCCCUUCAGAGGAAACCCUCCUGCCUGGCAGCUGAAAACAGAACUGAGGAACGGCCAUAAGUCUCCCAGGGCCUGUAUGAUGGGUUUCAGAUGAAGCUGGGACAUUUGGAAGGAUUCGGCAGCUUAUAUGACCUGCUCCAACUGGAAUAACAGUUAAUUGGGCACAUUUUUUCAGUAUUUGGGAGUCAACGUGUAUCUGACAUCAGCCAGACAGAGUUAGCUAUUCUGCCUAAAUAAAGGAUGUGGCCUGUGCUGAGUGAAUAUGAUCUAAUUGGAGCAGAGAUAUUGGGGAGAGGAGAGGAACACUCAGAAGUACCUUAUGCUUGGGACAUCUCUUAACAUCUAAGAGAUUGAGCUAUGGAUUGGGGAGUUCUUGGUUCACAUCUAAUGUCUGUCAUGAGCUUGGAGGACAGCCUUAGAAAAGUCAGUCACAACUUUCUCUCCCACCUACAGCAGCACUAGCAUACAAAGCUGCUUUAUCCGAAGUCUGACAAUUGAUCUACUGUCUAACCCAGUGUUAUCGGUGCUGAAUGGCAGCUGUUUGUCAGCUGUGACUGGGGAGGCCAAGGAUUGAACACACUUUCUGCAUGCAAACUCUGUUCUUCCACUGAGUUACAUCAGUUAUUUCCCUAAUGCUAGAAGUAUCUUACACAGGCCUCAUGAAGAUUGCAGAUAAAUAGCCUACACAAAAUAUCUUACAUAUUCUCAAAUAUUAAUAGGUAUUACAAGGCUUUAAUGCAUCACUGAAGGCUGUAGGUUUCUUUUGUCCUUUCAGUUUCCAGGUACAACAGCCAAUCUUAUUUUGCUUUCAUGGAUUUUUCUGGCUAUCACAUUCCCUAAACCAAGGGAGCAGAACUUCCAUUAGCACUUGGGCCCCACUAGACUCUGUGUGCCAGGUUGAAGGCUCCAUGCUGAAAAUGGACAAGGCCAGGACCUAUUCUGGGAAGAUGUUUUAAGAGGUGAACAGGUUUGCUACUUGCUGGCAAGUCUUCAUGAACAUAUUUUGCCUGGUAAAACCCUUCAAAUCCACCCCUUCAAAAAAAUCAUAUGCUUUAAAGUAUGGUGGAUUUUUUUCUUUUGCAUUAUGUGAAUGCCAAUGGGCCAUGCUCCCCCUGUGUUCCCUGCUAGAGCUUUUAUUUUUUAAGCAAAACAUCAGCUGAUUUGGCUAUCUGUAGUAUGAACAUACAUUGAAAAUAGGAAGUAGCUCAUUGAAACAAUGAAUAAAGAACCUAGAGACUG